GUUUUCUGUCUGGCUGAGGAGGGAUCAUUUAGUUUUUGCGGACGUAUGUUGCACUUAGGGUUUAGGGAGAGAGCAAGGUUUCAGUUGAGGAGGUUCAGAAGUAUAAGGACUAGGGAGAGUAGAUAGGAGUGUAGCAUUUGGCAACGUAAAGAAGCGUGGCUUAGCUUUAAUGGAUUAGGGAGAGAUUGCUAUCUAGCAUUAUUAUAUGUUAUUGUUCUCUUUGCUAUUUUAUACACCUAGAACAACCUUUCCCUCGGGGUUAACAAACUUCUUCAACUCUGUUUUCCGUGUGGCUCCUGACUCUUACCUUUGUUUUAGGAGGCUUCCCUCUUCAGAGGAAACUGGGAGAAGCCAAUUUCCACUGCUUUUUCCUGUGUCUUUUUAACACUCAAACCCAGAACACUUAAUCCUCUGCAGCUCGUGCAGAAAUUCAGUCUGUGAUUUAAAAUGUGUGCACGGUAACACUGCUGACCAUGGGCAUGUCUGUUGUUUGUAUCUGUAAUGUGUAUGUCCAUUUCAGUGUUGUCUGUUUUAGUAUGCAGGUGAUAGACUAGAGAACAAGACCUCUGUCUCCGUAGCAUCCUGGAGCAGUCUGAAUGCCAGAAUGGAUAACCGUUUUGCUACAGCAUUUGUAAUUGCUUGUGUGCUUAGCCUCAUUUCCACCAUCUACAUGGCAGCCUCCAUUGGCACAGACUUCUGGUAUGAAUAUCGAAGUCCAGUUCAAGAAAAUUCCAGUGAUUUGAAUAAAAGCAUCUGGGAUGAAUUCAUUAGUGAUGAGGCAGAUGAAAAGACUUACAAUGAUGCACUUUUUCGAUACAAUGGCACAAUGGGAUUGUGGAGACGGUGUAUCACCAUACCCAAAAACAUGCAUUGGUAUAGCCCACCAGAAAGAACAGAGUCAUUUGAUGUGGUCACAAAAUGUGUGAGUUUCACACUAACUGAGCAGUUCAUGGAGAAAUUUGUUGAUCCCGGAAACCACAAUAGCGGGAUUGAUCUACUUAGGACCUAUCUUUGGCGUUGCCAGUUCCUUUUACCUUUUGUGAGUUUAGGUUUGAUGUGCUUUGGGGCUUUGAUUGGACUUUGUGCUUGCAUUUGCCGAAGCUUAUAUCCCACCAUUGCCACGGGCAUUCUCCAUCUCCUUGCAGGUCUGUGUACACUGGGCUCAGUAAGUUGUUAUGUUGCUGGAAUUGAACUACUCCACCAGAAACUAGAGCUCCCUGACAAUGUAUCCGGUGAAUUUGGAUGGUCCUUCUGCCUGGCUUGUGUCUCAGCUCCCUUACAGUUCAUGGCUUCUGCUCUCUUCAUCUGGGCUGCCCACACCAACCGGAAAGAGUACACCUUAAUGAAGGCAUAUCGUGUGGCAUGAGCAAGAAACUGCCUGCUUUACAAUUGCCAUUUUUAUUUUUUUAAAAUAAUACUGAUAUUUUCCCCACCUCUCAAUUGUUUUUAAUUUUUAUUUGUGGAUAUACCAUUUUAUUAUGAAAAUCUAUUUUAUUUAUACACAUUCACCACUAAAUACACACUUAAUACCACUAAAAUUUAUGUGGUUUACUUUAAGUGAUGCCAUCUUUCAAAUAAACUAAUCUAGGCGUAGACAGAAAGAACUGGAUAAAGACUUGACACAGAUUUAUGAAAGAAAAUUGGCAGUAGGAAUGUGACCCGAAACAAGUUGUGCUAAUGUCUGUUAGACUUUUCCGUAAAACUAAAGCAACUGUAUUUGUUCAACUAAAAACUCUAUAUUAGUUUCUUGGGGAAACCUCUCAUCUUUGUCAAAACUUUAUGUUCACUUUGCUGUUGUAGAUAGCCAGUCAGCCAGCAGUACUAGUGCUAUUUUCAAAGAUUUAAGCUCUGUAAAAUUGGGAAAUUAUCUAAGAUCAUUUUCCCUAAGUGUUGACACAUAGCUUCAUCCGAGGUGAGAUAUGGCAGCUGUUUGUAUCUGCACUGUGUCUGUCUACCAAAAGUGAAAAAUACAGUGUUUACUUGAAAUUUUAACUUUGUAACUGCAAGAAUUCCAAUUCAGCUGGGCGAGGAUUAAUAUUACUAUUAUUAUUUUUAACUCUCCAUAGGAUUUUCAGUACUACCAAAUUGUUUUGGAUUUUUUUAUUUCCUCUUCACAUACCAGGGUUAUUAAAAGUGUGCUUUCUUUUUAACAUUAUAUUACAGUUACAAAGUAAAAUUCCCCAACUGCUAUUUAUUUGUUCCAGCCCAGUACCAUAAAGAACGUUUCACCAUAAUGACCCCUCCAGAGCUGGGAAACCUACCACAAGAUCUAAAGUUUUGGUUGUCGAUUAACCUCCAACUAUGGUCUUUAUUUCUUGUGGUAAUAUGAUGUGCCUUUCCUUGCCUAAAUCCCUUCCUGGUGUGUAUCAACAUUAUUUAAAUGUCUUCUAAUUCAGUCACUUUUUUUUAUGUCUGUAAACAUUGAACUUUUAAAAAAUCUUAUUUAUUUAUUCCACUACUGUAGCAAUUGACAGAUUAAAAAAGUAACUUCAUAAUUUCUUACCAUAACCUCAAUGUCUUUUUUAAAAAAUAAAAUUGAAAAUGAAAAGAGACUCAAA